AUGCCUGGCUCUCCCGCGUCUUCCUGGGCCGUCUACCGCGCGCGCCUCAAGGCUGUCUUCCAUGGCGCCGACCCACGCGUGUGCGCCGCCUUCUGGUUGUUCGGCCUCAUCAACAACGUCCUCUACGUAAUCAUCCUCUCCGCGGCCCUCGACCUCGUCGGCCCAAAUGUCCCCAAAGGCGUCGUGCUCCUCGCCGAUGUCAUUCCCUCGUUCCUGGCCAAAUUGUGCGCCCCGUACUUCAUCCACAAGAUCCCCUACAAUGUGCGCAUCUUCAUAUUUUUCGGUCUCUCCGUAUGCGGCAUGCUCAUCAUCGCCCUCACGCCUCCACUGCAGGACUCGGGGACCAUCGCCAUCAAGAUGUGCGGAGUGAUGCUUGCCAGUCUGAGCAGUGGAGCUGGCGAACUGAGCUUCCUUGGCCUGACACAUUACUACGGCCACUUUGCUCUGGCUUCCUGGGGCUCGGGCACGGGAGGCGCCGGCUUGAUCGGUGCCGGAGCCUAUGCCAUUGCGACCAACACGCUCGGCAUCACCCCUCGUACAAGUCUACUCGUCUUCUCCUUCCUGCCGCUGAUCAUGGUGCUGAGUUUCUUCGUCAUCCUUCCGCUCGGCCCACUGCGCGCUGGCAUCCAGAAACAAGGCGAUUACGAAGCCAUCGAUGACCAUGGGGACGACGACGAAGAGGACGUAGGCCAGGCGCAGGAACAAGACGACCUGUUGUCUUCCUCUAUGCACUCGGCUUCAGGGCGCAGUUUCCCCUCUGUCACUAACACCGGUGCUAACAGUGCGCUGAGCAGCUUUCGCGCAAACCUCAACCGCGCGCGAGGCCUGUUCUUCCCAUAG